AGCUACUCUCGUGUUUAAAUAAUUCAUUCACGACCUCUGCUCAUUUUCACGAUCACGAACAUAUUCCAAUAUCUAUAACGCCGAUCAAGCGUUGCUUUCCAAUCGGCACGUCUCAUAAGCUCUUUGUGAUCAUGCCCUCCUCCGAGAAUGAUGAUCCGGAUAAAGAACAACGGCCGCCAUGGAUGACCGGCGGGAGAUCCGCUCCCUGUGACCCGGGGCCGAAGAGAACUCGGCAGUAUGACAUAGCUCCCGUACAGCUGAGCCCACCCCCCAAACGGCAACGCUUGUAUGUCCGUACGCCGAGUCCGGGUCCCGAGAUGGUGGAUGACCGUGGCGCAUCUAGACGUUCGUCAUCACAGCCAUCCCCCAGCCGACGUCCCUUGCAGGAGCUCAGUCUCAGCAAUCAAGUUUACGGAGUCGCUGACGCUCAUUCUGGCUUGGACCGCCGUUCUUCUCCUGGUCCUUCUUCUCGCGUCGAUGUAGAGCAAGAUUCCGUACCUUCCUCGGCUCUGCUCCCUUCAAUAAACGCCUUGUAUCCUCGAACGACAUGGGAGCGCGAUGUCCAAAACAUCCCGUCUGCCCAGGCGAGGCAGCGCAGCCCCUUCCUGCAUCCCGUUCAACGUUCGCAGGAUGAUCCCCUCUUUCUGGCAAUGGGACUCGGGGCGGUAUUGUAUUGCGGUGGAUCUCAGCCUGUCUCCGGAUUCGCGAACGUCGCUCUUCGUGAUGAACGAGGAACAACGCCCACUGGGACCCGUACAUCCUUGUCAUCAACGAAUCAAUCCGCUGUGUCAGGACCAACGGCCCCUCUUCCGACCCCUCCCCGUCGUCACGGCUCUCAACCUCCGCCUGGAGUCGCGACCCGGGCUUCCGCUUCUCAUGACGGUCAAGGAACAGAGGCCGCUGGUACCGCUCUUCAUGACGGUCGAGGAACAAAGGUCGCUAGUACCGCUCUUCAUGAAGGUCAAGGGACAAAGGCCGCUGGUACCAGUACACACCCCGAAUCCUGGUCAUCGGCAUGGUUAUCGGCAAGUAGAUCUGCUUUGUUAGGAUCAUCGAUCCUUCCUCCAGCGACUCCUCGUCGCGGUGCAUCUCGGCCUCUGCAUGAAUGCGCGACCAGGGCAUGUGCUCUUCGUGACGGUCAAGGAACAACGCCCGCCUGUGCAGGUACUAGCACAUGCUCUACAUCGUGCACAUCGGCAAGUCAAUCUGCCGAAGCAGGGCCGUCGACUCUUCCUCCAUCCACUCCUCGUCGUCGCAAACCAAGCAAAAUGUUUCGUCGCAGACGAGGCAAACGGCUCCGUCGCAGAAAGCCCGUCGAGAUAACAAGUCGAAUCACCCCGUCCACAGCUCCUUCCCUGAUCGCUUUCUGGCUCCGCAAAGGCCCCUUGCACUCGCUGCCCCUGCCCCUUGUGCCAGAAUCCAAUCCCGAGUCCGAAUACGAAUAUGAAGACGACUCGGAAGAGGAGGAGCUUCAACGUUCGAACUUAUCGACGGCCGAACCAAUUUUCGGGAGUGGGUCUCGCUCUCCACGGCCGAUCGGUGUGGACAAUGACAAAGGCACCAACAAGAAGUCUCGUAAGGGCAAAGAGCGAGCCAUAUCGGAAGACGAAGAGGACUACGAGCACGAUUACUCAGAAGAAGGCGACGACGGCGACGACAGCGACGAGGACGAUUUGUAUGCCGACAUGGAAGGCUGAGGUUCCAACACGGAAGAGAGAUUCAACCAGUCCAAGUCAGGCCAUAAUUGCCAAUCGGUCAAAAUGGUGAUGGUCACGCCGACGUCAAUGCGCCUCGCACGGGCACCAGCAGAGCGGCUGGCGUUCGAUCAAACCGUUCAUUCAGCCACUAACUAUCUAUCUCCCGAUUCUCUUUCCUCCUCCACAGUCAUUUCCCGAUGCUUACGAUACAUACUCUUAUAAUCGCCAAGUAGGUAGCGCAGAGAGCAAAGUAGACAGGUAGAUAGAUAUGACUAAGCAAUACACAUGAUGUUCAAUGUAC